AUGCCAUUGCUGACACUCAAAAACAACCGACACUCGCCCGUGUUAAUCGACUUUGAGGUGAACGACAAAAUCAAAACAAUUAAGAAGCAAAUUGCGCCGAAGGGGAUGACGGAUAUGUCAAACAUAGUGUUGUUUUACAACGAGACGGAACUCAACGAGGAGAAGACGUUUAAGGAAAUGGACAUAAAGGGCGGUUCUAUCGUUGUGUAUUUGAUCAAAAAUGAUAUCACAAAAGAGGCGGACAAGCUGAUCCAAAUGCUUAACAAAGGAAUCAAGUUCCAUAAAGCCAAAAAUUACCUUCAAAAAACUAAUGGCAAUGUGAAGGACGCGUUAACCCUCGCUAAGAACGAAAAAGACGAGACAGACGACGACUCCUCGACUUACAGCGACGACGAAAGUACAAGCGAAUUUGUCCCACCACAAAGCCAACACCCACCUACUUUCUCACAGGUCGACUCAUCACAGGAUUACGCAGAAGAAGUAUUGUCGGAAAAUUUCAAGUCUGGGGAAAGUGGACUGAAUAACUGA